AGAUGGGAGAACGCGGCUGGCUUGAGCUGUGACUACCUGGAGCGAGACGAGUGUGUCGCUGUGUCCGGUUGUGUCUAUGCCCGGGAUGUAUCCGGAGUGAAAUCAUGCCUAGACGGCACCGGCGCUUCUUUCUGCUGGUUCUCUGCUUUUGCUUCCUCCCGUUGUCAUCCCAUUUCAGGACUUUUUCGACAGCGGUGGCAUUUAGCGCCGAGAUCAUCUGCAACAACAUCCCCGGACUGACUAAGGUGCAAAGAAAAAUGUGCCACAUCCGGCCGGAUACUAUCGUGGCUAUCGGCGAUGGCGUAAGAAUGGGCGUGGUCGAAUGCCAAAGGCAAUUCAGGCAUCGUAGAUGGAAUUGUACCAACAUAGGAAGUGACGCCGUCUUUGGUCACGUGAUCGUCGUGGGGAGCAAAGAGGCGUCGUAUAUAUAUGCCAUCAAUUCUGCAGCCAUCACUUACGCUAUCACGUUGGCUUGCAGCAGGGGAAACAUCAGCAAGUGUGGGUGCGAUCGCACAAAGAAUGGACUAUAUUCCCCCUCUGGGUGGAAAUGGGGAGGAUGUAGCUCGGACGUCCGAUCCGGAACAAAAUCAGCCAGAAAAUUCGUAGAUUCCAGGGAAUUGGAGAAAGAUGAAAGAUCUUUGAUGAAUCUUCAUAAUAAUAGAGCUGGAAGAAAGGCAGUUAUUUCCACUCUGCUUACUGAAUGCAAGUGCCAUGGAGUAUCGGGUUCAUGCACUAUGAAGACAUGUUGGAAAACUUUGCCCUCUUUCACUACAAUUGGAGACUAUUUAAUGACGAAAUAUCACAAUGCUAAAAGGGUUACAGGUUAUUGGGCUAAAAAGAGACGAACUUUUUCCGAUAAACCACUUUACCUCAGAUUGAAAAAAUCCAAAUCUCAUCGAAGACCUAAACCCCGUGAUUUAGUUUACUUAGAAAAUUCUCCAAAUUAUUGCGAAGCCGAUGUGAUGAAAGGUUCUUUAGGUACCAAAGGAAGAAAAUGUAAUAAAACUUCCUCAUCUACAGAUGGCUGUGAUUUGAUGUGUUGCGGAAGAGGUUACAAUACUCACCAAUUUCAACGGACAUGGCAAUGCAAUUGCAAAUUUCAUUGGUGCUGCUAUGUUAAAUGCGAAACAUGCAACGAAAGGACGGAAGAAUAUACGUGUAAGUGAUUUUCAUACUUAAGAAAAAUUCAUCUUUUGGAUUCAGUAACUGAAAAAUAUAGGGGAAAUUUCUGUUGUUUUGUUGUUGUUGCUGUUGCUGUUGUUAAGUGUAAUAUUAAAAGAAUAAUCAACUCUUCCAGUAAGACAAUUGGCUUUCAAGUUUUAAUUUGUCUUAUUAAAACUGGAUAUUUUAAUUUUUUUUUUUUUUCAAAUAAAAACAGAGAGAAGCA